AUGGUUCGCCGUUUCUCUCUGUUUUGGCCUGACUGUGUCCUUCUUCUUUCUUUCUUUUCUUUUCCUUCAUUCUUUCUUUCUUUCUUUCUAUUCUUUCUUUCUUUCUACAUGUUUUUUCUUUCUUUCUUUCUUUCUUUCUUUCUUUCUUUCUUUCUUUCUUUCUUUCUAUUCUUUCUUUCAUUUUUAUGUCUUUCUAAAUCUUUUUUCUUUCCUGCAUAUUUCAUCAUUUCUUUCUUUUUCAUCGUUCCUUCUUUAUUUCUUCCUUUUCUUAUUCUUUCUUUCUUUCCUUUCUUUCAUUCUUUCUUUUAUUCUUUCUUUCUUUCUACAUCUUUUCUUUCUUUCUUUCUUUUUUCUUUUUAUGUCUUUCUAAAUCUUUUUUCUUCCUGCAUAUUUCAUCAUUUCUUUUUCAACGUUCCUUCUUUAUUUCUUCCUUUCUUCCUUUUCUUAUUCUUUCUUUCUUUCUUUCUUUCUUUCUUUCUUUCUUUCUUUCUUUCUUUCUUUCUAUUCUUUCUUUCUUUCUUUUUUCUUUUUAUCAUUUCUUUCAAUUUUUCUUUAUUUUUCAUAGCUCCUUCUUUUUCUUCCUUUCUUCAUCCUUUCCUUUCUUUCUUUCUUUCUAAAUCUUUUCUUUCUUUCAUAUUUUCUUUAUUUUUCAUCAAGCAUUCUUUCUUCCUUCCUUUCUUCAUAUCUCCUUUCUUUCUUUCUUUCUUUCUUUCUUUCUUUCUUUCUUUCUUUUGCUUCUUCAUUUCCCGCCUCAUUCUCUUCUAUUCCUCUAGCUUUUGCUUUUCUUUUCGCUCUCCCUUUUCCUUCCCAUUCUUUUUUCUACCCCACGUUUUUCUUUUAUCUCCCCCAUUUGGCACUUUUUUUCCUUUCUUUCUUUCUUUCUUUCUUUCUUUCUUUCUUUCUUUCUUUCUUUCUUUCUUUCUACUCUCUGUCUACUCCAUUUGCAUAGACGAUUUCUCUUUCAUUCUCAUUUAUACUUUAAGUUUUUCCCUUCCCAUUCUUUUUCUACCCCACGUUUUUCUUUAUCUCCCCCAUUUGGCACUUUCUUUCUUCCUUCCUUUCUUUCUUUCUUUCUUUCUUUCUUUCUUUCUUUCUUCACCCCAUUCAUUUUUGGCCCUCCUCCAUCUACUUCUCACUUCAUCUUUUUCAAUUUCUUCCGAGAACGUUCCUGGAAAAUGUCACCAAUUUCUUUUGACAGAUGAAAAUUCCGUUGCAACUAAAGAUCGGGCAAUUGGGCGGCAUUUUUCGACUUUUUAUUCCCCACCUUUUCCUCUCUUGGCCUUUUUAUUACUCUCCAGCCUCGCUUCCCUCAGCCAUUAA